GGCAACGACAUCGCCGAUUUGACCCUCGAAGUGUCUUACCAGGCCAAGGAGCGCCUUAAUGUUCGCAUCUACCCCAAGCACAUCGCACCAGCGAACAGCACGCAAUACAUUCUUCCAGCUUCCCUGGUUGAUCAGCCUGAGUGGGAUGGCAAGACUACAUUGAACAGCAGUGAUCUUAGCCUCGAGUGGAGUAAUGAUCCUACCUUCCAGUUCAGGAUCUCACGUGUCCAUACUGGAGAGGAACUUUUCUCGACAUACGGACAUGUUAUUGUUUAUGAGGAUCAGUUCAUUGAGAUUGUGACAAACAUGGUCGAUGAUUACAACGUCUACGGUCUUGCAGAGAAUGUUCAUGACUUCCGUUUGGGCACUAACCACACCCAAACGUUCUACGCUGUGGACGCUGGUAAUACUGUCGACCGCAAUGUAUAUGGAGUAAUUCCCUUCUAUCAAGAAACCCGCUACGGACAAAACGGUUCCGCGACCACUGCUCACGGCAUGUAUGCCCGCAAUGCUCACGGCCAGGAAUGGUUGCUUCGUGAGAACACCAUCGCUUACCGCACUUUGGGUGGCAGCUUCGAUCUCUACUUCCUCAGUGGUCAAAAGGAAGAUAAAAGUUCGAGUGCUCUGACAACCAUCGCCCAAUUCCAGGCUGGAUGUAUCGGCCUUCCAGCUAUGCAGAUGUACUGGACUUUUGGCUAUCAUCAAGCUCGUUGGGGCUACGAGAACAUCUCCGUAGUCCAAGGCGUCGUUGACGGUUACCGGGAGGCCAAUAUUCCUCUAGAGUGCUUGUGGAACGAUCUCGAUAUCUACGACCUAUAUCGCGACUUCACCAAUAACGAGGCCACAUAUCCUCUGCCAGCAUUCACUAACUUCAUCGAGCGGUUGCACGCUAACGGCCAGUAUUACGUCCCUAUUAUCGACAGCAACAUUUACGUCUCAAACCCCAACAAUGCUAGUGACACGUAUGCGCCCUUCGAGAAUGGUGCACAUCUAGAAACCUACAUCCGAGACCCUACUACUGGAUCUUACUACUACGGAGACAACUGGCCAGGCUUUAGCGUUUGGGCGGACUGGCUUCUCCCGUCUUCUCAGAGAUGGUGGACCAAUGAAAUCGUCCAGUGGCAUAAGGGUACUCCCUUCGAUGGCAUCUGGAUUGAUUUGAGUGAGGCUGCGUCUUUCUGUGCAGGUUCAUGUGGUAACGAUCGUCUCACCGAGAACCCUGUGCACCCACCUUUCCUCCUGCCCGGCGACCCACUCACCUUUGACUUCAACUAUCCCGAAGGAUUCAACAUCACCAACGCAACUGAAGCUGCUUCUGCUGCUGCUGCCUCGGCAUCGCAGGCUUCAGCGGCCUCCGUCUCUCCUGUCCUUCCGCCUGCUACCACCACCACUCAAGGCAGGACUGAGCCAACCCCUGGUGUACGCAACCUCAACUACCCACCUUACGUCAUUAACAACGUGCAAGCGGGUCAUGCGCUCGGUAAGAGCUCGAUCGCUCCUAACGCAACGCACAACGACCAAUAUAACACGACUGAGUAUGAGAUGCACAACCUGUUUGGUCUGCAGAUCUCGAACGCAACUUACCAUUCGCUGCUUGAACUUUUCCCUGGGCGUAGGCCUUUCACUGUCGGACGCAGUGUCUUUGCCGGCAGUGGUAAAACCACCAGUCAUUGGGGAGGCGACAACACAAGUACUUGGGGCAGUAUGUUCUUGUCGAUCUCGCAAGCUUUCACCAUGAUGAUGUCCGGUAUCCCCAUGUUCGGAGCCGACACUUGCGGUUUUGCUCGCAACACUGACUUCCAGCUCUGCUCUCGCUGGAUGGAGCUCAGUGCAUUCUUCCCCUUCUACCGUAACCACAACGUCAAGGCCACUAUUGGCCAAGAAGCAUACCGCUGGUCUUCGGUCGCAGAAUCUGCACGCCGCGCUAUGGCUGUGAGAUACAGCCUUCUUGGAUACAUGUACACACUCUUCUACCAUGCUCACACUAAGGGCGAGACUGUUAUGCGCGCGCUUGCUUGGGAGUUCCCGAACGAUGAGUCCCUGCGCGAGACGUACAACCAGUUUAUGCUCGGUCCUUCCAUUCUUGUCACCCCUGUACUAGUACCGAACGUCGAGACCGUGCAAGGCGUGUUCCCCGGUGUUGGCUCAGGCGAGCGUUGGUACGAUUGGUACACUCUUACUGAAGUUGAUGCUGAGCCAGGCGAGAACGUGACUUUGCAGGCACCGCUCGAGCACAUCAAUGUGCACGUGCGAGGUGGGGCCGUCCUUGUGCUGCAGGAGCCCAAACUAACGACGGCUGAGACGAGAAAGACGCCUUAUAGCCUCUUGGUCGCGCUCGACAGCAACAGUGCGGCCAGUGGUGAUCUGUAUCUCGAUGAUGGCGAGAGUCUGCAGCCCAAUGCAACACGUCUGGUGCAGUUCUCGUACAGUAACAACUGCCUUUCGUUCACGUCUGAUGGCUCGUUCCACAGUGCUCCCGUACUUGGUAAUAUCACCAUUGCUGGACUCCACGAGCAGCCGCAGCAG